GAAUCCACCACCCUCCUGCAUCGGCUCCUGUACUGACGCCGCGGCCAACACGAGGGUCCUGCAGCAAUGGCAUCGAAUUCGCCGUCGUCCCUGUUCCAGGUGUACCUGCGGCUUCGACCACCAAUCUCACAGCAAGACGAUCAGCCCGAACGCUGCCUGACCGUUGAGAAAUCGAAUACCUCACAUUCGAACAACGAUGUAUCCAGCUCAGUCUCAGUUCCGACCCAUAUCACUUUACAGCCGCCCAGUGACGCUCGAAAGCGUGGGGUGGAGAGAUUCGGCUUCACGCAGGUGUUUGACGAGUGGGCAUCGCAGCUCAAUGUCUUCGAAGAUACCGGCCUCCAGUCUCUGAUCAGAGGUGUUUUACUAGAGCAGAGAGAUGGAUUGGUUGCAACACUAGGGGUGACAGGAAGCGGCAAGAGCCAUACGAUUCUAGGCUCAAAGACACAGAGGGGAAUCACUCAGAUGAGCUUGGAUGUGAUAUUCAAGUCUUUAGCCUCUACUAUUAAGCCGCCCGACAAUUCGAUCCCUCCAUAUCUUUUAGCAUCCGUAUCAGCUUCCGACGCCUCGGAAUCUCAGAUGUUCACAGCUCAGACGUUCCUCGAGGCAGUAUAUGGCGAGUCCGACCGCGGCAGGAAUUCCAGGGCCCAGACGCCUAUGAGCAACACCAGAGCUCACACCCCAAUGGCGGUAUGCAAUUCACCCCUCCCAAACCCACUCCGGGCCGCCCCCGGGUUAUACCCCAGUUCUUGGAAUUUGUCCCCAUAUAUCUACAAACCGGCAUCGCUAGCAUGGACCGGCGUUCAAUUCCCAAACGUCUUUAUGCCUCAAGCAAAAGCUUUGGACAGCCCUAAAUCCCCAUCACCUCCCAUCAUUAACCAGUAUAACACCUUCGAUUUGCAGGAAGCUAAUUUCGGCUCACUGAAGGACCCCAUGCCUGCUCUCAUAUUCCCUCGCCGCCACGCACCCAUAAGAACUAGCACGCUGCCCCGAUCACCAGAUGUCGGCCAUCUCACACUCGAAUUGAACCCCCACUCCGAGUACAUUGUUCUUGUGUCAAUGUAUGAGGUGUACAAUGACCGGAUAUUUGAUCUUCUAUCACCAGCAAUCGUGCCCGGCCAAGGAAGUGCUAUGUCUCGCCAAGGGACAUCAUCUCAGAAAGACAGGAGAAAGCCUUUGUACUUCAAGUCAACCGAGGGAUCCCCUGACCGAAAGGUUGUGGCAGGCCUUCGAAAAAUCGCCUGUAGCACUUAUGAAGAAGCGUUGGCAGUCCUUGAGAUCGGCCUUACUGAGCGAAAGGUCACUGGAACUGGCGCUAAUAGUGUCAGUUCCCGUAGCCAUGGCUUCUUCUGCCUCGAAGUCAAACGAAGAAUGCGAAACAAGCGGACGGGUGAGGAGACUUGGAUAGGAAACACUCUCACAAUUGCGGAUCUUGCCGCAGGAUCGGAGCGAGCAAGGACUGCAAAGACCGCAGGCUCCACUCUGGUAGAGGCGGGCAAGAUUAACGAGAGUCUGAUGUACUUGGGACAAUGUCUGCAAAUGCAGAGUGGUAUCCAGGACGGAAAUAAGACUGCUAUGGUUCCUUACAGACAAUGCAAGCUUACUGAACUCCUAUUCUCGAACUCUUUCCCAUCACAUCAAACAUCAAGCAUGCAUAGGAACCCACAAAAGGCUAUUAUGAUUGUGACUGCUGAUCCGUUGGGUGACUACAAUGCCACGUCACAAAUUCUGCGAUAUUCAGCACUCGCUCGCGAGGUCACCGUCCCUCGAGCUACAUCUGCUGAGUCAAUAUUGUCAAGCACACUUGGAUCCCGAAAGGGAUCUGGUGGCCGCCAUACUCCACAGCUUGAUUUGGCCGAAGACCUUGAAAAGGCUUUGGCCGAGAUCGAGCGACUUACGGCAGAGAACGAGAGGCUUAGCUUACGGCUGACAGAAGAGGAGGUAUUGCGGGCCGAGACAGAGACCGCACUCAUCGUUAGUGAAGAAAGAUGCCUCCUCAUUGAGCAGGAGGUGCGAGAAGAAUGUUGGGCCGAGAUGGACGAGCGCAUGGAGCAGGAGAGAAAGAGAUGGCAGGCCGCGUGGGAUGAGCAGACUGGCCACAACGACGAUCACAUCGAUAAAAAGAUCGAGCUUUUGUCCCAACGAUUCCAGAUUCACGAAGAUCCGCAACCAUCCUCCGAUGAGCGAGUGCAAGAACUCGAGUUCGAGAAUGACCGACUGCGCAGUAAGAUAACCGCCUUAGAGCGUGAAUUGAACUGCAGAUCGCCAUCGAAGAAAUCUAGUUCAAAAAAUGCUGCGCUGGAAACCUCCCGCAACGCAAAUAUCCUGGGUCGUGAGAGCGACAUUGAGGUUGCGCUCCGCAAGAUGGACCAACUAAAGCUAGCUGAUAGCAUGUUCAAAAGCCCCGCUGUCAAUACUCCGGGAAAGAAGCAGAGGAAGAUGGCAACUCGUAAAUGGGACCUUGCGCCGGAGGACGAUCUCUAGCCUAUUUUCUUUCGAUGAUACGAUUCUCGUUACAAGUCGGAGUUUCUGGGCAUUUUGGGUGGAUGUCUGUUUGUUUCACAUACUCUUUUAAUACUUAUUCUUAUACCCAUAGUACUUGCAUAUAUUUAAUCUAUGGAUACUAAACCAUGACGAUGAAUAUGGGUCUUAUUG